AUGGCAGUUCAUGAUCUUUAUGGCGACCACAAUUCGAACUGGCAGCUUGUCCUGGAUGUCCUAUCCUGGAUAUUCUGGUCCAAUGCCACCAUUCUACUGAAUAAAUGGAUCAUCAAUUCCACACGUUUUCCUAUCAUCCUAACAUGCUGGCAUUCGGUGUUUGCGACCAUUGUCACCCAACUCCUUGCGCGGACGACGAGAUUGCUUGAUGGCCGGAGGUCGAUACCCAUGGAUGCGCGGAUGUACUGUCGGACAAUACUCCCAAUUGGACUAUUAUACUGCGGGAGUCUAGUCUGCAGCAAUGUGGUUUAUCUCUAUCUGAAUAUCUCCUUCAUCCAGAUGCUCAAGGCUGCUGGUCCUGUUGUUACACUUAUCACGAGCUGGUCUUGGAAGGUCGCAAAACCCUCAAUUGGAGCCUUUAUCAACAUUCUCAUCAUAACCCUGAGCGUUGCAAUGGCCGUGUCAGGGGAGAUCAGGUUCUCAUGGUUGGGUUUCGGCUUCCAGUUCGCCAGUCUAGUUUUCGACGCCAAUCGUCUCGUCAUGGUCCAAAUUCUUCUGUCCGACUGUGGCCAGAAGAUGGAUCCGCUGGUCAGUCUGUACUACUUUGCGCCGGCAUGUGCUGUCAUGACCUCGCUGGUGGCCUGGCAGACGGAAUAUGCUUUUUUUGAAUGGAGUUCGAUCGCGCAGGUUGGGUGGACAGUUCUGACACUGAGUGCUGUAAUGGGCUUCAUGCUUAAUGUCUCGAUCUUCCUAUUGAUCGGCAAAACGUCGGGAUUAGCGAUGACGCUGAUCAGCAUCCCCAAGAAUAUUUUACUCAUUGCUAUCUCGGUUCUUCUCUGGCAUACCCCCAUCAGCUUGCUGCAGAUCCUGGGGUACAGCAUCGCGCUGUGGACCCUCCUUUUCUACUCUAUCGGCUGGAAAACUGUCAGAGCUUAUGUUGACGCACUGAGCGUCUGGAGGCGAAAGAGUGAGGAAAAUGAGGUCUUGUUGGCUGAUAGGGUGUGA